UUCACCCAAAUCUCACUUCUCAGCUGGAAAAAACUCAUUCCAGAUUCAGAUCUAAGAAGAGAUUCUCUCCCAGAAAAUGUCAUUGACGUUGAUGAUUAUCAGAAAUUGGACUUUAGAUUUGCAAUUGAAAUAGAGACGCAUAGGAGAUAGGAAAUGGAUGUGGAGAAAUCGUCGCUGUGUAAUUGCGUGGUGAAUUUCCUACUGGAGGAGAAUUACUUGUUAACGGCGUUCGAACUUCUCCACGAGCUACUUGAUGACGGCCGCGAUGAUCACGCUAUUCGUCUUAAGGAAUUCUUCUCCGAUCCUUCUCGUUUCCCUCCCGAUCAGAUUUCUCGCCUCAAUUCCCUCAGAGUUGCGGACCCACAAAGUCUGCUUGACGAAAAAGAAGCCUUAGAAGAAAAAUUAGCAUUGAGUCAGUAUGAGCUCCGUUUGGCUCAAGAAGAUGUUCUUAAACUCAAGACUGAGUUAGAAAAUAGAUCCAAGGGUACUCUGGGUGAGAGAAGUGAGACAAAUUUAGAUGCUUCUGCAGAUGUCCAACGCCAGAGGAACGAUGCUUCUUUCUUGGACUUGGGAUCUUUGAAGGACAAUGAGCGACAAGAUCUCAACUGUGCUGUAAAGGAAUAUCUACUAUUUGCUGGAUAUCGUUUGACUGCAAUGACAUUUUAUGAGGAGGUUACUGACCAGAAUCUAGAUGUGUGGCAAAAUUCCUCUGCAUGUGUUCCAGAUGCCCUGCGCCAUUACUAUUACCAGUACCUUUCUUCAAGUACAGAAGCUGCUCAGGAGAAAAUUACUAUGCUUCGUGAAAAUGAGUCUCUGCAGAAAGAAAAUGAUAAGCUGAAGAAGGAAAAACAGUCCUUACUGAAAAGCAAGGAUAUUGCAGACACCCAAGUGGUGGCAUUGAUGAAAUCCCUUGAAGCUUUCCAGAAGGAUAUAAAGGACAAGGAAGUUCUGGUUCAAGAAAUGAAGCAAUCUAUGGAAAGCCAAAGGAAAGAACUUAAUGACUGCAGAGCUGAAAUUACUGCACUGAAGAUGUACAUUGCACGUUCUGGGCAGAAUUUGGUAUCAAGUGACUCCAAGCAUGUGGAGUUACGGUCCUCUGAAAGCUAUAUGGAAGAAAUAAAAUUGCUGGAAAAUGAGAUAGAGAGGUUGAAAGGAACAAAUGCCAUGAAUAUUGAACCGACAGAGGCCAUUGAGCAAAGUAAAGGAGGAGAUGCUGAAGGUGAAGUUCGAGAUUCGGUCAAAGCUAGUAGAUUAGAAUCUCCAGGUCAUAUCUCCAGAGAGGAUUUACGAAGUGAAGAUUCUAACUCACAAUCUGUGCCAACUGUGGAUGCCACCACAAACAUAUUAGACAAAGUGUCAGAAGGGAAACAUUUGUCAUUAUCAGAUGACAAUGGUGUCUUUGUUAACAAUGAAAAGUUUCUCAAAGGGGUUCAUGAAACUCCUAUAGAAACUAAUGAGCUAAUUCUAAGAACUGAAAACAUUCCUGUUGAUGCUGAAACUACUGGAUUGGCAACCAUACAGGUCCUUUCAGAUGCAUUGCCUAAAAUUGUACCCUAUGUAUUGAUAAACCAUCGAGAGGAACUCCUUCCCCUGAUGAUGUGUGCAAUUGAGCGCCAUCCAGACAGCAUGACUCGAGAUUCCUUGACCCACACGUUAUUCAAUUUAAUCAAGCGUCCAGAUGAACAGCAGAGACGUAUUAUUAUGGAUGCUUGUGUUACACUUGCCAAGAAUGUUGGAGAGAUGAGAACAGAAACGGAGUUGCUUCCUCAAUGUUGGGAGCAGAUCAAUCAUAUGUAUGAGGAGCGACGUUUGCUGGUUGCUCAAUCAUGUGGAGAGCUUGCAGAAUUUGUCCGUCCAGAGAUCCGAGAUUCUCUCAUCUUAUCUAUUGUGCAACAGCUGAUUGAGGAUCCUGCAAUAGUUGUUCGUGAGGCUGCUGCUCAUAAUCUCGCUUUGCUGUUGCCACUCUUCCCCAAUAUGGAUAAAUAUUUCAAGGUUGAGGAGAUGAUGUUUCAGUUGGUGUGUGAUCCGUCUGGGGUGGUUGUAGAAACUACUAUCAAAGAACUGGUUCCUGCUCUAGUAAAGUGGGGUAACAAAUUGGAUCAUGUUUUACAGACUUUGCUUUCCCACAUCUUGGGUUCUGUUCAGCAUUGUCCACCUCUAUCGGGGGUUGAAGGUUCUGUUGAGUCGCAUCUUCGUGUUUUAGGUGAAAGAGAACGCUGGAAUAUUGAUGUCUUGUUGCGCUUGCUGACAGAACUGCUCCCAUUUUUGCACCAGAAAGCUGUUCAGACUUGCCCAUUUGCCUCAGUUUCAAAUGGUGUAGGAACUUUCUUCUCUGUUUCCUUGCUCGAACUAUAUUCUAGGGGAAAUGUGGAGUGGCCUUCAUUUGAUUGGCUACAUAUUGACUGCUUUCCUGAUUUAAUUCAACUGGCCUCUCUAUUACCUCAAAAGGAAGACAAUUUGAGAAAUCGAAUCACAAAGUUUUUGUUAAGGGUUUCUGAAUUUUAUGGGGAAGCUUAUUUGACACACAUUGUGCUGCCUGUAUUCUUGCUAGCAGUGGGUGAUGAUGGUGAUUUGACAUAUUUCCCCCAGAACACUCAUGAUAAAAUAAUAGGUUUGAGACCAAAAACUACAGUAUCUGGUAGACUUGCUACCAUGGGUGUUCUGCCACUUCUCUUGGCAGGUGUUUUAGGAUCCUGGAGCAAGCAUGAUUACCUCACUGAGUACUUGAGGAAGAAGAUGUUUCAGAGCUCUGAGGACGAAAUUCGGCCAGCAAAGCCUGAGCUUGUUAAUUCUGUUCGCUUCCUUUGCAUGUACGAGGACAAUCAUAACAUGAUUUUUGACAUCCUUUGGGAAAUGGUGGUCAAUUCCAAUAUAGACACGAAAAUUUGUGCAGCCAAUCUUCUGAAAUCAAUUGUGCCAUAUCUGGAUGCAAAAAUUGCUUCAACACAUGUUCUGCCUGCUCUUGUUACCCUGGGUUCUGACCAAAAUUUGAAUGUUAAAUAUGCAAGUAUUGAUGCAUUUGGAGCUGUAGCACAGCAUUAUAAAAAUGACAUGAUUAUUGACAAAAUUCGGGUUCAAAUGGAUGCUUUUCUUGAGGAUGGAUCGCAUGAAGCUACAAUAGCUGUUGUCCGUGCAUUGGUUGUUGCUGUUCCACAUACGACAGACCGACUCAGAGAUUAUCUCUUGUCCAAGAUUUUCCAAUUCACAGCCGUGCCACUCCCUUCAAAUGAUUUGAUUCGUCGGCGUGAGAGAGCCAAUGCAUUUUGUGAAGCCAUACGUGCUCUUGAUGCAACAGAUCUUCCUGCUUCAAGUGUUAGGGACUUUCUUUUGCCUGGAAUCCAGAAUCUGUUGAAGGACACUGAUGCCUUGGAUCCAGCGCACAAGGAAGCACUUGAAAUCAUAAUGAAGGAGAGGUCUGGCGGAACCUUGGACACUAUUAGCAAGGUAAUGGGUGCCCAUCUAGGUCUACCAUCUUCUGUAAGCAGUUUCUUUGGUGAAAGCGGGUUACUGGGGAAAAGGGAAACUGUAGAUCAAGCUUUGCCAUCACCAGAGCCUGUUCCAUCACCACCAGCAGUUGAAGAUACAAGACUACGGCGGAUCAUGAGGGGCAGUUUCACGGAUAUGCUCAGGGGCAAAGCAAAGGGCAGUGAUGACACUCCUCACAGCCAGUGACGAGGCUUUACUUUUGUAGAUUUUAAACCAUAGGGCCUUAGGCACGUUGGGUGGGUGGUAAUGAAGGAAGAAUACAAAUAGUGUGCGAACUAGUUAAGGAUUUCUUUACAUUCUUUGGUUCCUGUGACCCAUAUAAAGUUUGAAAUUUUGCAGUUUCUUGAACAUAAGUUCAUCAUUUCUUGCGGAACUAUACAUGGAAAAAAAUAAAAUAAAACAACAUUGAAUCAGCACAA